CAGUAUAACCUAUGAAAAAAACUUCGUGUCACCAAUAGCAGACGAUCACAUCAAGUAGAGCCAAUAAAAUCAAUAAUUUGAAAAGAUUAAUUAAUAGUUAAAUGAAAAUUAAUUCGAGAUAUUAAAAAAUAUGUUUCAUAUAUAUUAUUUUAUGGAAAAAAUUCACUGGAAUUACCAUUUCCAGCAUUGCCACUACUAAGAAAACUCCAAACUGUUAUUGAUCUGACGAAGGAUAAGAAUUCUACGCUAAGUAUAUUAAAAUUUCAUAAAUGAGGAAGUUAGAGUCGCAAGAACCAUGGGGUGCCGAUCGUUUAGAAGCUCAAUUGGAGGCUGCUCGCGAUGGAUUAAGAGGUCUCGAUCGAAGUAUUCGAAAAAUUUUGGGCCGGGACCUACCUGACGGUGAAAACGGACCGAUACAACCCCCUCCCAGCAGACUUUCUCAAAAACGACCAUUGCAAGAAGAUCGUCGACGAGUCGUAUCAGAUUUCGUAAAUAAUGAAAUACCGGGUGCAAAAAGGCGUUGGCAAGCAUCUAAUGGAGAACCAAAAACGGUUUUUAGUCGUUUGAGUGCUCGUGUUCCUUCAACUGCUGACGACAGUGCAGAUGAAGAUGAUACUGCUAUUAAGCCUGCUGUAUCAUCGAGAGUAAUUGCUACACCCAGAGAAAUUCCUUCGCGUCAAGAAGUAAUCAGAAGAGAAAGAAUAGAUGAACGUAGUCGACAAAGGAAUAAACGAAUGUUUGGCGCACUUUUGGGUACUUUGCAAAAAUUUAGAUUAGAAGAGACCAAGUUAAAAGCAAAGGAAGAUAAAAAAGCGGAAGUGGAAGCACGAGUAGAAGAAGCACGAAGAAGAGAAAAAGAAGAAUUACGGCGAGAAAGACAACAAUUAUUUUUAUCGCGUAAACGACAAUUAGCAGAAGUACGAGCACUAGAAGCAAAGCUAGCGCGGAGUCGACAAUUCCAAGAUUGGCGUGCUGCGCAAUUACCGCUUGCUUCGUUCAUAAAGACGCGUAACCAACCUUCCAUAUACUACAUACCAAAACGAAAAAAUCCUCAGACUGAAAGUUUGCUCACCCAAUCUGCGAAAGAACUUCAUGAGGAAAUUGAAAGAAGAGAAAAAGCUUUGCUCGAAGAACUUGAAUUAAUAGAAACGCAAAUAGGCCUUGGGAAACAGCAACAAAAUUUUGACGGAAGUACAUCUUUGAAUGCACCGGAAGAAGUAUCUCAAACUGUAGAAGAAGGAGAAGAAAAUCGUGAUCCAAAUCCGGAGAAUAAUGUAGAAACGACAAAAAUAGAAGAUUUAGAUGUAUCGAUUAAGACGGAGAAGGAUGAAAAUGUUGUUGAGAAUGCGGUUGAGAAAAACGAUGAAAAACAAGUGGACCAAAUCAAAAAGGACGAAAACAAUGGCUAGCAUUAAGUAUUCAUAUUCAGUUUGUACAUAUAACGUACAUUAGAUGGUCCAGUCAAGAGAAUGGAGCUUUUUUAUUUAGUAUUUUUCAAUAAAGCACAUGGUUUUGUCUCUGGAAUCAAAAGGUAAAGAAACAGAAAUAACAUAGAUACGGAAUUGAUGUUCAAAGAAACUUUUAUGUGAAAAGAUUACGAUUCUAUUAUCCUUGUGCAAAUAAAAAAUAUCUACUUUUAGAACUUUCACAACAUUGCAAAGGUAUUAACAAUGUAUCGCGUUUAAUUUUCUUUUUAUUUGGCUAUCUAUUUAAAAUCUUAAUGUUUUAACUUCAAAUCUUUUUCAAAAUUAUAUAAUUUACUAUUUUCAAAUAAUUAUAUAUAUAUAUAUAUAUAUACACUUCACAUAUAGAAUACAUAAAAAACAAGCAACCGGUGAUGGUUCAUUCUCAACAAUCAACAAAACAAAAUUCGAAAUAUUUUUCAUAUACAUAUGCAAGCUGUACAAGCUUUAUCAUUCUUCUUUAAAGGUAAUUCGACUUUUUUGCUUAUUUUUUUUCUCUUUUUUUUUUUUUUAAUUCGUGGACAUUAUAUCGUCUUUACAUGAUGUAUUCAUGCCGAUGAGAAUGUAACUACACGUUAUCAGAAUAUAAGGUACAAACAAAAUAUGUGCAAUAUAUUCUGCAAUAGAAAUAAUUUUCUUCGUAAUAAAUCCUGCGAUAGGCGUGGACCAUCUAAGCGCGAAUUAAUCCGACAAGUCGCUCGGAUGAUACAAGAAAAAAGUGAUCACAGUCUCGAUUGGUGUACACUUUGGAAGUCUGCUUUCUUUUUCUCUCUAACGUUCGUUAUAUUCGAAGAAGCACAAAAAGUGUAAAGUAUAUAUGUAUUAUAUAUAUAUAUAUAAUACGUAUAUAUUAAUAUAUGGAGCAGAAACCACAGGAAUAAAAGACACCUUAGAGACUGUAUACUCUUUUUUCUGUCACCAGUAAAAAAAAAAAAAAAAAAAAAAAAAAAA